CCGUCUCAUAACCUUCUUCACAACACCCCCACUCAAAUUUACAGCUCUCAAUUGUGCCGGAAAAUCAACGAACUCGCCGGAAAUAAAGUUUUGUUAACAGAUCUAGUAAAAAAAUGGAAAGUCCGAUGUGUUACGAGUCAGAUCAUCUGAAUCUGAAGGCAACCGAGCUAAGAUUAGGGUUACCUGGAACAGAUGAGCCACAGAAACAAUCGUCUCAGAUUGUUCGGAGCAACAAACGAGGCUCGUCGGAGAUCAAUGAUUCUGAAAAUGGAGACCGAGAUCGUGCCCCUCCGAGCAAAGCACAAGUAGUAGGAUGGCCACCGGUGCGAUCUUACCGGAAAAAUUGUUUCCAAGCGAAGAAAACUGAGGCGGAUGGUUGUGGAAUGUAUGUGAAAGUGAGCAUGGAUGGAGCUCCUUAUCUCAGAAAGAUUGAUCUCAAGGUUUACCAGACCUACCCUGAGCUACUCAAGGCCUUGGAAUUCAUGUUCAAGUGCACUAUUGGGUACAAUGGAUCUGAAUAUGCACCAACAUAUGAAGACAAAGAUGGUGAUUGGAUGCUGGUUGGAGAUGUCCCAUGGGAGAUGUUCAUCACCUCUUGCAAAAGGAUGAGAAUCAUGAGAGCAUCAGAAGCUAAAGGCUUGGGAUGUCUAUAGAAAGAAAAGGAAACCCACAAAAAGCGCAACUACACACCUACUUUGAACUUUGGUGUCUCAAAGAAAACCCUUCUGCUUGGGUUCGCCAUGAUGUUUGUUUGGUAACCGAGAAGUUACAAGAAAAGGCACAUAGUUAGGUCAGAUCACACAAAUAUAGUACUAAUAUUUUAUGGUUGGUUUUAAGCCUUUUGUGAUUUUUAGUUUUGUAAUAACAAACCCAUCAAACUGAUCCAUUUGUAAAAAAGAAAAAAAAUAAUAAUGUCUACAUUUUUCCCCCAAGACUUCGCCAUGUAAUAAUUUAUAUAUAUAUAGAUAGAUAGAUAGAUAUAGAGGAUUGUAUAUAAAAUUAAAUUUUGUCUUAUUUUUUCCCAGAA